AUGGAUAAUAUACAUGAUCAUCAAAAUGCCAAAAUCUUAACGAUCACAACGUAUAACAAUAUCAAAACCUUCAAAAAGUUAAAAUCAAAUCGUGAUCUUGAAUUAAAACAAGAAUUAGUAAAAAAAAUUCGUUCACGUCUUUAUGAAUGUUCACAUUUAUUUGUUGUUCUUCUUUUUAAUGAACGUACAGAUAAAUUACAAACAGUUCGUGCACAUUUUGCACCAUCAGAAUACUUCAUAUUUUUUCUUUGGAAAAAAUCAUGGUAUGCAAUUUGCUUUAGGACGAACUCCACCAACAGAAUAUUACCAGCAUUAUCAAAAGUAUCACCUUAUCUCGUUGGAAAAAUGGAAAUAGAAGAUUAUGCAAGAGCGGGAAAUCGUGUUAAAGAAACUGUUACUGUUGAUGAAGGAUUAUUAGAUGGUCUUCAACAUACAAUGGAACCCCUUUUAAGAUUCUCAGGUGAUGUUUUAACACCUGAGCAAGCUAAAUUAUUGAAAUUAUUUCAACGUCCUUUAGCACAAUUUAAAAUUAAAGUUAAACUUCAUUGGAAUAAAAAUAAUGAAAAAGUUUAA